GUGUUUAAAACCAACGAGGUCGGGGUGGGUUUUAUGGUAUGCAAAGCAGCUCAACCCUGAAGAAGAAGAAAGUAUCAAAUUCAAAUCCAAACAGUCAAACACACAACGAUGGAUUUUGAAUUGGUGAAGAGUUUCUUGGAGAAAAGCAGCUCCGGUGUAUCAUCCGAGGAUAUUGAUUCCAUGCCUUUCAGGUUCUUCGAGCCCAUGAUUAUGUCAGGCCUUAAAGUAGAUCUCAUAGAACGUGGUCGCGUCCUUUGCUCCAUGAAAGUUCCUCCUCGUUUACUGAACGUAGGUAAUUCCUUGCACGGUGGAGCUACGGCUGCGCUAGUGGAUGUGGUGGGUUCGUCUGUAAUCAUGACAAUGGACAGUGUAACGACCACCGGAGUUUCAGUAGAGAUCAAUGUUUCAUACUUGGAUGCUGCUUUUGUUGGUGAUGAGAUUGAGAUAGAGGCGAAAGCAUUGCGUGUGGGGAAGGCUGUUGCUGUUGUGAGUGUAGAAUUUAGGAAGAAGAAAACUGGAAAAAUAAUUGCACAAGGGCGACAUACUAAGUAUUUGGCUGUAUCAAGUAAACUAUGAACUUUAGGUAUCUUCUCAUAUUGAGUAAGCCCCUUGAUCAAAGUACACUAUAUCUCCUACAUGUAUCUCUACAAACCGUUUGAAUGAAGUAUUGUCAUUAUAAAUGAUGUUUGACAAAUAUUUGGGUAAAUGGAAGGAAAAAUAUGAGGGUCCCUCGAUCACAAUACACUAUAUCCGUUCAUACAUAUGUCGUUUCGGUAAUAAUUAAACAGUAAAUUAAGAUUUUAUUCCAUUAUUUUUUUUAUCUACUACAAAUACUAGAAUUCAUUCCAAUUCAAUUUUCUUACUCUUACACCAUGGAAAAAAAAUCCAAACACUCCACCAAAUCGAAAUCUUUGUUCUCACUAUAUCUGAAUUUUGAGUCUCCUUAAGUGCCUUCAUGAACUUGCUCCAAGGCUCCCAAAUCCCCUAAUAAAACCUUUUCCAACAUCCUUUACCAACCCAAAGUUUUUCCAACAAACUUUUUACAAACCACAAUUCCGAUUUCAACAACCAAAGUUUUAAACCUAACAAUCUCCACAACCCCACCGAAAUCUCCCUAUGAAAUACCCGACAGACAAUUCAGUGAGCACCAAUGACUUUCAAAGAAAAAAGUGAAAAAAACAAAGUCCGCUCAAGUGGGACUGAAGGCGUGGGAUGAAAAUUGGGACUGAGGGCGUGGGAUGAAAAUGAAGAAACUGCUUUACUGGGUGCUUGGAUUUUUGCCUCUCAAGACAACAAAAUGAGAAACUCAGUCCAAAGAAAUGUUUUAUCAUUUAUGAGCUGAUUAUAAAUCACUUCCACGACGAAGUUAAAUGUGUUUACCAGAAUAAUGACACAUUUUCUUCAACGGAAUGUACAACCUUCUAAAAAACCAACAUAAAAGUUGGAGUAGCGACCUCGACGACAUCCUCGCUGAGGCUCUCAAACAAUUGUGAGCAUCCCAAAAACCACGUAAAUCUUUUCGGUAUAUCAAUGUUUGGCAUGAGUAGAAGAAGGCACCGAAAUAGUUGCUUCAAUUGGAAGUUCAAAAGCAAUCCAUAACAAGCGACCCAAAAAUUCUAAAGCAAAUAGCUAUACCAAACAAUCAGACAUGCUAAGGCUAAGGGGAGUGGUGACACUCUCAUAAGUCUCAACUAAUCCUAGAGUGCUUUUAGUUGAUUUGCUUUAGUUGAGUUAUUCUAUUAUCUUUUUGGUUGUAAGGGUAGUUUGGUCUUUUUGGUAUUAUGGUUGUUAUUGGUUGU